CUAUUCUUAGCGUGGUCGUCUGCACAAUGGCCUGAACAGAAUUGAGGCUGGACGUGCGAUGCCGGCAAAGACGCUCCCCCGAGUUCAGUACAACCUCAAGUCGAUACUUGCCAGCGGCAUGUUUGUGUUGAACCUGUUGGUGUUGCCGUUUGAAGUGUACUUGUACGAAGUGAUUCCGUUCCACCGCUCCAAAUUUCGGGUGGCUCCUGCCUUUGCAGCGCUAGCGUCGUGCGCGAACUAUACCCACAUCGACCACACUCUUUUCGAGUCCCUAUACAACGACUCGAGCAUCACAACACCGUACGCCAACGACGCGACCAACCGCGUCGAUGUCGUUCGGUCGCAACUACCGCGCCACGAUGAGCGCUGCCCAAGUGAACGUGCACUCGUGCAGCACAUUCAAGGGUCCAUGUACUUUCCAGGAGAUUCAAGCGGACCUUGUUACCGCCACAUGCUCCAGCCUCACGACCACAAGGGCAGCAGCACCAGCCAGGCGCUGGAACAUCACGCUGUUUGGCUCCAUCUCUAUGAGCACGUCCAUUGCGUGGCUCAACGCGGACUCGACGCUCUUCUACUUGUACAUCCCGAGCUACGGCACACCGACGCUGUUGCAAGUCAAGCUGGCCUGUCGAGUCCUCAUGGGUGUAUACAUGCUGUUUCUCGUCGCAACACGGUACUACUGCCAUGUCAAGCACCUGGCAGACGCGCUGAAACGUUACGAUAUGCACGUCACGUCGACGGCGGUGCGGUUUGACAUCCUCGUCGGCGAGCCGACAAGUUUAGUCGUGGCCAACCCGUUUGUGUGUGCCUUCUUCAUCGUCGACAUUUGGGCAAGCGCCGAAUACGUUGGUCUGGCCUGCCUCCGGGUGUCGCAGCUCUCAACCUGGUACAAGUUUAUGUUGGGGCUGCUCAGUUUUGGCCGAAUGAUGUGGUUUUCAGCCGCGGGCCUCCUGCUCCUGAACGUGUGGCUGUGCUGCAGCACGUUCAAGCUCAGAAAGUUUCAACCCGUCGACGUCAUGUACUUGACGAUGGCGUCGUUCACGAUGGGCCCCGUCGCCGUGUAUGUCCAAGGGUUGAUUCCGGCAGCUGUCGAAAUGUACACGUACAUGUUUGGGGCGCUUGCCACCACGGACCCGACGACCGGGGCCGUCGCCACCAUCGACUGCACCUUUUCGCUCGCAAUCUUUUCCAUCACCAUGUGCAUUGUGCCAGUCGCGUUUGGGUACUCGACGGUUUGUGCGACGUCGGCCGCUCGAGUUACAGUCCAGCGCGUCCGACGUGCCAGUUCCAGCCUCACGUCGUCGGGUCCACACCAUCGAAUCGUUGUCGAGGGGCCGCACCACUACGAAGAGAGCAGGUUUAACUUUAACGACUACAAGCAGCGCUUGUCGUUGUGGUUUUGCCACGAUGGACGCGUCACCGACGGCGUCUGCUACGGCGGGUCGGCCUACCGCCUCUUUAACUUGUACUCCACCGCUCAAGUCAACCGCACGAUCAACCAACGAGGCACGGACUGCUACGUGUUUGGGUACAACUCGAGCAACGCCCUGGUUGAAAUCACCCGGGUGAGUUUGGUGUCCCACAUCAAUUUGCCACCGCUAGCACGAGUUGUCCCCCACAACAACGCUGUCGAGCAUACCACCGACCACUCGACGACUUGUGCUGUCGGCCGCAUCGUGUUUAGCGGAAGGCGUGACAUUGGCGGCACGCCGUCCAUUAUCCUGCGGCGCGGUGUCGAUGGGUCGCCGUGGGUAGCGUAGCUGUGGAGUCGUGAUAUCUCGUCCUUGACAGAGCUUCGACGUCACGGAAUGCACACAACAGAACCGAAUGCCGUUCGACGGCCCCUGGCAUUCCUCGCUCAACGCCAGUGUAAUGCAAACUAAUCACUCGUGCG